GAUUGAUCUUUUCAUUAUCAAUCUUGCAAGUUGCAAUUUUUUGCUCUGCAUUAAAAAACAUAAUUAUUAGCAUAUAAUUUCAUUAAUUAUUAUUAUCUAGAAGAAUUUAGUAGUUCUGAGAACAAUGGCUUUGCAACGUAUGAUAAAUGCAGCGAUUCGACAAAAUCACACUGUCAAUGUUAUCACGAAGAGAAGUAAGGUUACAUUGCCGAAUUUACCCUACGAUUAUAAAGAUCUAGAACCCAUUGUUUCAAGAGAUAUCAUGACCUUACACCAUCAAAAACAUCAUGCAGCUUACGUAAAUAAUUACAACGCAUCCGAAGAUAAAUUGCAAGAAGCUGUUGCAAAAGGUGACACAAAAACCAUCAUCGAACUGGGACCUGCUUUAAAAUUCAACGGAGGUGGACAUUUAAAUCACUCCAUAUUUUGGGAAGUCCUCAGUCCAUGUUCGAGUGCUGGAAAACCUAGUAGUCAGUUGGAGAGUGCCAUUAAUCAAGCAUUCGGUUCAUUUGACUCAUUCAAGCAACAAUUAUCCGCUAUGGCUGUCGGUGUUCAAGGAUCCGGCUGGGCUUGGUUAGGAUAUAAUCCGAAAUCGAAAGGUUUAGCUUUGGCAGCUUGCGCUAAUCAAGAUCCUUUACAAGCAACGACUGGUCUUGUUCCGUUAUUUGGAAUCGAUGUUUGGGAACACGCUUAUUAUCUUCAAUAUAAAAAUGUUAGACCUGAUUAUGUAAAAGCCAUGUUUGAAAUAGUUAAUUGGCAAAAUGUAUCGAAGCGUUUCGAAGAAGCUUCUAAAUGAGUAGUCAACUGUUACCAAUAACUUGCAUUUAGUUUAAAAUUUUCUUACGAACGUAUCAUUAAAAUUAACAUCAAUUAUUGAUAUUUCCAUCGUUCCGAAAUAUGUAUCGAGUUCGAUUGUGUAGAUGAUCCAUUUUAUUUGUAAUUUUAUGAUACAUUCUGGUUUCAAAAAAACACGUAAAUCUAUGCAGGUUGAAUAAUAAUUAUAUGUUUUCCUUUUUUUUCAAACUAUAUUGAUGGCACGAGGUACGUUUCAAAGCUUUUUAAUUAUGUUAUUAUUUCUUGUCCGAAUUGUUGAAACAUUGUAUCUUUAUUCAUAAAUUAAAUGGUAUUACGUAAUUACACAA